AUGGCGCGGGAGGAGGAGGAGUAUCCAGACGAGGGGGAGGAGCGGGUGAUAAACGAGGAGUAUAAGGUCUGGAAGAAGAACACGCCGUUUCUCUACGACCUUGUCAUCACGCACGCGCUCGAGUGGCCUUCGCUCACCGUGCAAUGGAUGCCAGAACGCCAAGAGCCUGCGGGAAAGGAUUACUCUGUCCAACGAAUGGUGCUGGGAACACACACGUCGGACAACGAGCAGAACUACCUCAUGCUGGUGGACGUGCAGCUGCCUCUGGACGACACGGAGACGGACGCGCGGCAGUACGAUGAGCAGAGGAGUGACGUUGGGGGAUUCGGUGCUGGUUGCGCCAAGGUGCAAGUGGUACAGCAGAUUAACCACGAGGGCGAGGUGAACAGAGCGCGCUACAUGCCACAGAACCCCUUCCUCAUCGCCACCAAGACCGUCUCUGCUGAGGUGUUUGUGUUUGACUACAGCCGGCACCCCUCAAAACCCCCUCAAGAAGGCACGUGCAACCCGGAUCUGCGCCUGAGAGGCCACAAGACGGAGGGGUACGGGCUGUCCUGGAGCCCCUUCCGCGCCGGGCACCUGCUGAGCGGGUCCGACGACAUGCAAAUCUGCGUGUGGGACAUCGGGGCUGCUACUAAGGCGAAUAAAGUGGUGGACGCCAAGCAUGUGUUCCGGGCUCACACAGGAGUGGUGGAGGACGUGGCAUGGCACUGCCGGCACGAGUACCUGUUUGGGUCCGUGGGGGACGACCAGCAGCUGCUGCUCUGGGACCUGCGCUCCUCUGCUGUCGAUAAACCCGCACAAGCGGUUACCGCGCAUCCUGCCGAGGUUAACUGUCUAUCGUUCAACCCGUUCAACGAGUGGGUGCUGGUGACCGGCUCGGCUGAUAAGACCGUGGCUCUGCAUGACAUUCGCAACCUCUCCAGACGCCUGCACACGUUUGUUCAACACACGGAGGAGGUGUUUCAGGUGGGGUGGAGCCCGCAGAACGAGACCAUCCUAGCCUCCUGUGGGGCAGACAGGCGACUCAUGGUCUGGGACCUCAGCAGGAUCGGCGAGCAGCAGGCGCCAGAAGAUGCCGAGGACGGGCCGCCCGAGCUACUGUUCAUCCAUGGGGGACACACGAGCAAAAUAUCUGACUUCUCGUGGAACGGCAAUGAUGACUGGGCAUGGGUGUGCCCUGCUGACCACGCCACUCCCUCACGGGCAGCUGGGAGUGCGGGUGAUGGGAGUCUCGCUGCUGCUGGGAGGGCUGCUGGUGGGAGUCUCGCUGCUGCUGGGAGGGCUGCUGGUGGGAGUCUCUGUGCUGCUGGGAGGGCUGCUGGUGGGAGUCUCGCUGCUGCUGGGAGGGCUGCUGGUGGGAGUCUCUGUGCUGCUGGGAGGGCUGCUGGUGGGAGUCUCGCUGCUGCUGGGAGGGCUGCUGGUGGGAGUCUCGCUGCUGCUGGGAGGGCUGCUGGUGGGAGUCUCGCUGCUGCUGGGAGGGCUGCUGGUGGGAGUCUCGCUGCUGCUGGGAGGGCUGCUGGUGGGAGUCUCGCUGCUGCUGGGAGGGCUGCUGGUGGGAGUCUCGCUGCUGCUGGGAGGGCUGCUGGUGGGAGUCUCUGUGCUGCUGGGAGGGCUGCUGGUGGGAGUCUCGCUGCUGCUGGGAGGGCUGCUGGUGGGAGUCUCUGUGCUGCUGGGAGGGCUGCUGGUGGGAGUCUCGCUGCUGCUGGGAGGGCUGCUGGUGGGAGUCUCGCUGCUGCUGGGAGGGCUGCUGGUGGGAGUCUCGCUGCUGCUGGGAGGGCUGCUGGUGGGAGUCUCGCUGCUGCUGGGAGGGCUGCUGGUGGGAGUCUCUGUGCUGCUGGGAGGGCUGCUGGUGGGAGUCUCUGUGCUGCUGGGAGGGCUGCUGGUGGGAGUCUCGCUGCUGCUGGGAGGGCUGCUGGUGGGAGUCUCGCUGCUGCUGGGAGGGCUGCUGGUGGGAGUCUCGCUGCUGCUGGGAGGGCUGCUGGUGGGAGUCUCGCUGCUGCUGGGAGGGCUGCUGGUGGGAGUCUCGCUGCUGCUGGGAGGGCUGCUGGUGGGAGUCUCGCUGCUGCUGGGAGGGCUGCUGGUGGGAGUCUCGCUGCUGCUGGGAGGGCUGCUGGUGGGAGUCUCUGUGCUGCUGGGAGGGCUGCUGGUGGGAGUCUCUGUGCUGCUGGGAGGGCUGCUGGUGGGAGUCUCUGUGCUGCUGGGAGGGCUGCUGGUGGGAGUCUCGCUGCUGCUGGGAGGGCUGCUGGUGGGAGUCUCUGUGCUGCUGGGAGGGCUGCUGGUGGGAGUCUCGCUGCUGCUGGGAGGGCUGCUGGUGGGAGUCUCUGUGCUGCUGGGAGGGCUGCUGGUGGGAGUCUCUGUGCUGCUGGGAGGGUGGUGGCUUGGAGUGCCGGCAAUGGGAGUCCAACUGCUGCGCGGGUCACAAUGGGAGGAGCAGCCUCCUGA